AAAGUUGUUUGGUCGUUCUCCAAAUUUAUCUAUGCUUCAUGUUUUUGGAUGUGUGUGCUUUGUUCAUCUUCCCUCUCGUGAACACUCUAAAUUGUCUGCAUAGUCUAUCAUUUGCGCCUUUGUGGGUUACAUUCCUAACCACAAAAGAUUUCUUUGUUAUGAUCCCUCUAUUCGUCGCAUUCGUAUAUCACGUAAUGUUGUUUUCUUUGAGCACACUUCCUUUUUUACUGGAAUUGCUAGAUUGUCUGCACCGUCUGUUUCUAUUUUGCCAAACUUUGAUUCAUAGGAUGCUCCACUUUCUGUCGAGAAGGACCUUCUCGUCUUCUUUCGCAAACGGUUACGUGCUCUAGCCCCUGUGCCUGUGACUCUCCUUCCUCCUAGUUCAGAUCAUCAUCUCUUGUAAGUGAUACCUCUACUUCAGACACUCUUCAUACUUCUGUUCCUCUUCGUCGUUCUACUCGUAUAUCUAGAUCUCUUGACCGCUAUGGUUUUCCUUUAAACCGUAGCUCUUUGUCUGAUGUCUUAUCCUCCACAGAUGUUCCUCGCUUCUACCAAGAAGGUAAUAGUAGCCCUCAUUGGAAGGAAGCCAUGGAUGCAAAGAUUCAUGCUUUACAUGAGAAUGACACUUGGGACCUUGUGCCUGCUCCUCCAGAUGCAUACAUUGUUGGGAGUCGUUGGGUUUACAACAUUAAGCUGAAAUAUGAUGGAUCUCUUGAUCCAUGUUCUUUUAGCAGUGUUUGCUGCUUAGUCUUGGACCAUAUGCCAACUUGUUGAUGUGAAGAAUGCCUUUCUUCAUGGUUAGUUGAAGGAGACGGUCUACAUGAAGCCUCCUCUUGGAUAUUGCAAUGAUCCUUCUUUAGUAUGUCGCCUAAAAAAAUCUAUAUGGUCUAAAACAAGCUCCUUGAGCAUGGUUUGAACGCUUUUGCGAUGUUGUAGUUGUUGUUGGAUAUAGCUAGAGUUCUUCUUAUCACUCUCUCUUUGUUAGGCGAUGGCCUCAGAGUAUUGCCGUUCUCCUACUAUAUGUUGAUGACAUGUUGUUGACUGGGAAUGAUGCUGAGGGCAUUCGUGAAUUGAAACUAUUACUUCAUAAUUCCUUUCACAUGGACUUGGGCCCUCUCACCUAUUUCUUGGGACUGGAACUACAUCGUAGUGAUCGAGGGUAUUUUGUUUGUUAGCAGAAGCAUGCCUCUGACCUUGUUAAACUUGCUAGUCUUAAUAAUGAAAAGCAUGUUGAUACACCUAUGGAGUUAAAUCUUAAGCUAUCUAAAUCUGAAGAUCCAUUACUUCCUGAUUUUUCCUUGUAUCGCUAGCUUGUCGGGUUCUUCAUUUAUCUCACUAUGACUCGGCCUGAUAUUUCUCAUGUUGUUCAGGUUGUUAGUCAAUUUGUUUCUUCUCCUCGUUCGCCUCGUAUGACUGUUGUUCAUCGCAUCAUUCGAUUAUGUUAGAAGCACAACUUCUCAAGGAUUGUUCUUCUCCUCCUCUCCUAUUCAGUUGAGAGCAUAUGCUGAUGUGGAUUGGGCUGGUUGUCCAGACACUCGUAGGUCCACUUCUAGGUGGUGUGUUUUUCUGGGUGAUUCACUCAUCUCUUGGAGCAAGCCAAAUAUGGCAUUGAAAAAUUAUCAUCAACAUAUCAGAUUAAAGGUUUGAAGUCAGUCGUAUGGAAAACAAGAGAAAGCACUAUUUCAAUGGGGCACUGUGGGGCCUAGUCCCAUCAGGUGCAUUACAACAAUGAUUCAGCCAGAAGGAUCUGUCUUGCAAGAUUCUGCUGCUUCCAAUCCUGAUGUCGCUCCUCGGAUCAAAUUUAAGAGACUUGAUAAAACAGCCAGGCAUAUAAUGCAGAUUCUGGAUAAAGAGGCUGUAGAGGAAGUAAGGGCACAGAGAGAAAUACCUGAUGUAAAGCCUGGGUAUAUUGUUCAGCUCAAAGUGGAAGUGCCUGAGAACAAGCGACGUGUUUCGAUUCUGAAAGGCAUUGUUAUAGCAAGAAGGAAUGCUGGUCUAAAUACAACAUUUAGGUUAAGGAGGCUGGUGGCAGGGGUUGGUGUGGAAUCUGUCUUCCCUUUAUACUCUCCCAACAUAAAGGAGGUGAAAGUGCUGGACAAGAAGAAAGUAAGAAGGGCCAAGCUUUAUUAUCUCAGGGAUAAGAUGAAUGCACUCAAGAAACAAUAGCUGCAAUUGAACUUGAUUGGAGAAGAUCAAAUAGGUGCUUCCCUUUAGGUUAGAUGACUCGGUGUAAAAUUUACUGGACCGCAAUUUUGACUCGGCAUAAUGUCCUUUUUAUUUUCUUGAGAUGUUGAGGAAAUUAAAAGAACCAAGUGUGCAGGGGCACCCGCACAAGUAGUAAUCUGUAAUUGUUGUGGGGCUGAUAAGCUAAUUUGACAUUGUAGAAGAGAGACCACUUGAAUAAGGGGUCUUUGAUCAUUUUCUAGUAUUUAGCUCUAGGAUCGGGAUGUGAAAAUCUGAGUGGCCUAAUUGUGGCUCCAAUUCAUUAAUCCAGAUUCUCAGCAUGUGAACCA